AUGGGGAAGCACUUCCUGCUGCUCCUGCUGGGUCUCUCCCUGGUGCUGGGCUUCCUCCACGCUCUGACAUGUUUACAGUGUGACUGGUUAAAUGCUGAUGGAGUGUGUGUGAAAGGAGAAAGCACCUGUGAGGCUAAAGACGACCAGGAAUGUGGCAUACUGGUAGUGUCUAAAGGUUAUGAUAUCUGGUUUGGGCAGCAGGAUUGUUCUUCUGGAUGUUUCAAUAAGACUUUCACCCAUUAUAAUAUAACACUGGAUUUUACAUGUUGCCAUGACCAAUCGCUGUGUAAUGAGUUUUAG